AAAUGGAUGGAAAGCCAUCGAGAAGCGGUCAACUUUUCCAUCCCCACUCCAAUACCCACACUAUAAUUAAUUGCUUACCCUGGAAAAAGCCAUGCAUACACCAUGACCGCGCGCGUUGACGAGGCGGCCAGACACAUCCCUCUAUAAAAUCCUCGUCCCCCUCGGCUCUCACCCGCUCACCGUGCCUGCUUCGUUCGCCAGUCGCCAAUCUCUCUCGAAAUUCUGAGGAGCAUCUCUGUCUAGCACGCGCGCUCGGAGAUGGUUGCGCCGAUCGCGGUGGCGUCGGCGGGGCUGGGGAUGCUGGCGGGGGUGGCGAUGGCCAACAGGUCCAUCAAGGAGGGAAGGCCUGCCGCGGCGGUGCGGUGGCCGCAGGCGCAGCCACGGUGCGCGACGUGCAGCGGGACGGGCAGGGUGGAGUGCCUUUGCUCGCGGUGGUCCGACGGGGACGGCCACGGGUGCCGGAGCUGCGCGGGCACGCAGAAGAUGCCGUGCCGGAGCUGCGGCGGCUCCGGGACCGGCCGCCGGGCGCCCGUGCGGAUCAGCACCUCCUCCACCAAGCCACGGUCGAGCAGGCGCUGAUCGGCUCCGCUGGCCAUCCGGCCCGUCGGUCAAGGCCGAUUUUCGUGCCUCCUCCGGGCUCCGGCAAGCCAUGGUCGAGCAGGCGCUGAGCAGCUCACCGGCCUGGCGAUCCGGCCCGUCGGUCAAGCCCGACUUUGGUGCUGGACUAGAAGGAGCUGUGACAUGUUUAGAUCAGAUUAGAAAACUGGCAGGUUGAAUAUAGCUAGUUAAUUAGUACAGCAGUAUCUGAAGGUAUCUUGGUACUGGUUGAAUCGAUCGGCUGAAAUAUCUUGUGAUUUGCUUUGGGGUGCCAAAUUUGCUUUGAUAUCAGAGGUAGCUGAAAGCCUGAAAGAAUCGAGAAACUUCAACCUAACUGUUGUGAUGGUAAAUAUUUAUUUACCAA